AUGACCCUGCUACGUCAGGCAUCGUACCCUACCAUCGCGAUGCUGGUCGCCUUGCCUAUCCUGGCGGUGGCCGGUAUUGCCAUUGCCGGCGCCGGUGACCGGACGGCGGCGCAACUGGCCCUGUAUAUCGCCGUGUGCGUGAUCGCGUACCUGAUCGGCUCAAUUUCGUGGGGUUAUAUCUUCGUCAACCUGACCAUGGGGGAGGACAUCCGCGAUUUCGGCAGCGGCCGGACGGGCAUGUCGAACAUAUUGCGGACGUCGGGCGGGAAAGCUGCUGCGGCGGUUUUCUUGCUGGACGCCGGUAAAGGGGUGGUCUGCGUACUGCUGGCGAGGACGGCUAUCGGGCCUGGAGAAGCGGAAGUGGCCGCGGCGCUGCUGGCGUUGUGCGGGCACAAUUGGCCAAUCUUCCUCCGGUUCCGCGGCGGACGCGGCAUCAUGCCGGGUUUGGGCGCGCUGUCCGUGAUGGCUCCCUGGGUUGCGCUGGCCGGCGCCGGGCUUUUUCUGGUGGUCACGCUGUCCAGUCGGAUAUUGUCGUUGGGCAGCAUCGUGGGUACGCUGGCGGUGGCCGUGCUGAGCCUUGCCUUGAUGCUGCUCUUUGGACACAGCCAGCUGUACACGCUGUACGCGUGCGUUGGCGGCGCGGUCAUCAUCUGGCAGCACCGGGAUAACAUCCGCCGGAUCGCCAAGGGAACCGAACGCAGACUGGGCAUGCCGGCGGUGCGGAACCGCUGA